GCCGCCCGCGCCGCCGCCGCGCCGUGCGGGGCCUGGCCGCGCCCUCCCCGGGCGCCCGCCGGCUCGCAUGCCGAGGGGCUCCGGGGCGUAGCUGCGCGCCCGGCGCCGCCUCCGGGCUCCUCCGGCCCCGCCAUGGGCUGCUGCAGCUCCGCCUCCUCCGCCGCGCAGAGUUCCAAGCGAGAAUGGAAGCCUCUGGAAGACCGCAGCUGCACAGACAUACCAUGGUUGCUGCUUUUUAUACUUUUCUGCAUUGGGAUGGGAUUUAUUUGUGGCUUUUCAGUAGCAACAGGUGCAGCAGCGAGACUAGUGUCAGGAUACGACAGCUAUGGAAAUAUCUGUGGGCAGAAAAAUGCAAAGUUGGAAGCAAUACCAAACAGUGGCAUGGACCACACCCACCGGAAGUACGUAUUCUUUUUGGAUCCAUGCAAUCUGGACUUGAUAAACCGGAAGAUCAAGUCUGUAGCAUUGUGCGUGUCAGCAUGUCCAAGGCAAGAAUUAAAAACCCUGAGCGAUGUUCAGAAGUUUGCAGAGAUGAAUGGCUCAGCGCUGUGUAGCUAUAACCUCAAGCCUUCCGAGUAUACCACAUCUUCAAAAGCUUCUGUUCUCUGCCCUAAACUACCAGUUCCUGCGAGUGCACCUAUUCCAUUCUUCCAUCGCUGUGCUCCUGUGAACAUUUCCUGCUAUGCCAAGUUUGCAGAGGCCCUGAUCACCUUUGUCAGUGACAAUAGUGUCUUACACAGGCUGAUUAGUGGAGUAAUGACCAGCAAAGAAAUUAUAUUGGGACUUUGCUUAUUAUCACUAGUUCUCUCCAUGAUUUUGAUGGUGAUAAUCAGAUAUAUUUCAAGAAUACUUGUGUGGAUCUUAACAAUCCUGGUCAUUCUGGGUUCACUUGGUGGCACGGGUGUACUUUGGUGGCUGUAUGCAAAGCAAAGAAGGUCUCCCAAAGAAACAGUUAUACCUGAGCAGCUUCAGAUAGCUGAAGACAAUCUUCGGGCCCUCCUCAUCUAUGCCAUUUCUGCAACAGUGUUCACAGUUAUAUUAUUCCUGAUUAUGUUGGUUAUGCGCAAACGUGUUGCUCUCACCAUCGCUUUGUUCCAUGUGGCUGGCAAAGUCUUCAUUCACUUGCCACUGCUCGUCUUCCAACCCUUUUGGACGUUCUUUGCCCUGGUCUUGUUUUGGGCAUACUGGAUCAUGACACUUCUUUUCCUUGGCACUACUGGCAGUGCGGUUCAGAAUGAACAAGGCUUUGUGGAAUUCAAAGUUUCUGGACCUCUGCAGUACAUGUGGUGGUACCAUGUGGUGGGCCUGAUUUGGAUCAGUGAGUUUAUUCUAGCUUGUCAGCAGAUGACCGUGGCCGGAGCAGUAGUGACGUACUACUUUACGAGAGAUAAAAGGAAUUUGCCAUUUACACCUAUUUUGGCAUCAGUGAAUCGCCUUAUUCGUUACCACCUUGGUACUGUGGCAAAAGGGUCUUUCAUUAUCACCUUAGUCAAAAUUCCACGGAUGAUCCUUAUGUACAUUCACAGUCAGCUCAAAGGAAAGGAAAAUGCGUGUGCCCGAUGUGUGCUGAAAUCUUGCAUUUGUUGCCUUUGGUGUCUUGAAAAGUGCCUAAAUUAUUUAAAUCAGAAUGCAUACACAGCCACAGCUAUCAACAGCACCAACUUCUGCACCUCUGCAAAGGACGCCUUCGUCAUCCUCGUGGAGAAUGCUUUGCGAGUGGCCGCCAUCAACACAGUGGGCGAUUUCAUGUUAUUCCUGGGCAAGGUGCUGAUAGUCUGCAGCACAGGAUUGGCUGGGAUUAUGCUGCUCAACUACCAACAGGAUUACACAGUCUGGGUGCUGCCUCUGAUCAUCGUCUGCCUCUUUGCGUUCCUAGUCGCUCAUUGCUUCUUGUCCAUUUACGAAAUGGUAGUGGAUGUGUUGUUCUUGUGUUUUGCCAUUGAUACAAAAUACAAUGAUGGGAGUCCCGGCAGAGAAUUCUAUAUGGAUAAGGUGCUGAUGGAGUUCGUGGAAAACAGUAGGAAAGCAAUGAAAGAAGCUGGUAAGGGCGGCGUUGCUGAUGCCAGGGAGCUAAAGCCGAUGGCUUCGGGAACAAGUUCUGCUUGAACGUAGCCGACCGUUACGGAACCCAUUGACAUUCCAAAACAAUAUAUACACAUAGCUAUGUAUUGAUGUGUGUGGGUGUGUGUAUAUAUGUAUAUGUAUGUGUGUAUAUAUAUAUACCUAUGUGUGUAUAUAUAUAUACACACACACAUAAUCAGCCAAAAUCAGAGAAAAGGAACAGGGAUUUAAUACCUUUUUUAUGCUUAUUUUUGUCAAACAUGUACUCCUUUCAUACGGGUGGCUUUUACAAGGCAACUGCCUGUCACUUAAUGUUUUCAAUUGUAAUUGUCUUAAUGGAAAUGUUAAGAUUCAUAUCUGAUUAACAUUUUUAAUAACAGAGGAAAUUUUAACUUUAGUUAUUUAAAUUAGGUAAAAUUAUUGUACUGAAUGCUCUGUCUAAAGUUUUCUGGGGUGAUUACCCUGGUGUGUGCAUAAAAUCAAGAACUUAUUUAACUGAUGCAUAAGUCCUAGUAGACAAGACUAGGCAUAUGCUUUCAGAAAAAUAAGGAAUUACUCCAAUCACUUCUCCCCAAUCAAAAAAAAAAGCCAUGUCAUUUUACUUUUAGGAACUUAUAAGCAGACCCAAUAUGGGUAUUUUCAUAAUCAUGCAUUUGUCAGCCAACGUUAAAAAGUAACCAACUCCUCAGGUAUUUGUAGUUUACCCUAAUGCUUCUAUAAGAGAGUCCGUAAGAAAAGGAAGGGUAGAUAAUCUUUCUUAUGCAAACUUUUCUUAUCUUUUGUCUUUUCAUUUUGACGUUAGUAACAUACUCCACACAUUGGUGUGCCUGAGUUGAAAGGAAGCUGGGGCACCCAGCAAGAUGUAGCCUUUGAGUUUUUUGUGUAUUGAUUUGCAGUUUAAAUAAUGCUGGGAGAAAUAAAGAAGGGAGAGAAACAUGAACAAAAGCAUUGCAAAUUUGGUGCUUGGGCUUUUGCUUCUGAGGAAUUUCAGUGACUUAGAGCUAACUGGCCAUUUUAUUCAAAUGCUUGCUAUAAAAAUCUGAAAAUAUACUAGCAGGUGCUCCUCUCCUUGCAAUUCAUUGAGUAUCCAGAAUCCUACAAUAUUUAGCUGAAGAAUUGGUUAAUGUCUUGAUCCUCAAGUGUUGAAUGUUCUUUUUGUUUGGGGAUGGGUUUGGGGUUUGUUUUGUUUUUUUAUUCUUGAAGCUUACCAGAUAUGAAUGGCUAAUAUUCCAUUGUUCUGCUUAUUGUAAUGGUGAAUGCUUUAAGAAAAAAAAGUGUAAUUUGCUAAGAAUAAUUCAUGAUCUGUUUAUGCGAUAACUCCUUUUUGUUACAAUUUUUUUAAAAAAAGCUAUUUUUGUUAAUGUAAAGUAAAUAUUUCAGAGCAAAUUUUUUAAACUUAUUGCACUAAAUACAGGCUCUGUAAAAAAAAUAAAUAAAUAAAAAGCCUCAGCAUUUUAUCAUUCCAUGGAAGGAGAAUCUUUUGAAAGAAAGCAUUGCCUCCUACUAGAACGGGAUAGUGAAUGAGACCGGUAUUAUAAAAAUUCAUCCAGUUAAUGUCAUAGGGCUUUAGCUUGAUUAGCAGCCAUUGGCUAAUGUGCUUCCUUUCAAAGGGUUGAACCUUUAAAUUGCUGCAAAAUGUAAAUUGUACUUUUUUUUUUGAAAGUAUCCGUGUCUUUUAUCUAGCUAGGUUAAAAUUUACUGAACACCUUGGUUUCUUUUCAAAGCUCAUGUAAUAUUUCUGAUUUUUCAGAAUAUUUGCAAUAAGAAUCUGGCUUUUCAAAGGAAAAAAAAUCAAUAAGAGUUCAUGUCUUGACAAAAUCUGGGAAGUCAACAUUGUGAGAGUAGUUAUUCUCAAACAAUAAUUCUCCAAAAACGAUUAACAUCUAACAUCUAAUAUCACCAGACAGUAUCAUGAUCCUCUUUUAUAAAAAUCAUUUGAAAAUGAAUAUAAUUAUGUAACUAACAGUUAUCCAAAUAGAUGAGAGAGCAAAUCAUGUAAAACAAUUAUGAAUACCUUCUGUGAGUAGUCGUGUACGUUUUGGACAUUAAGAAUCACUGGGAAUUAAAUUUAGGAUUGGCAAAGGUCUGGAAGAUGGGUAUCAAACAGAAGACAUUCCAGGAGCUAGCUAUUUUAGGAAUUGUCCCUCCCCAGGGACCUGAUGGAAGUCUUGAAUUUGGAAAGUAGGUUCUGCUCACUCGGACACCCAACAUCAUGGACUCAUGGCUGCUCCCUGUUCCAUUUGCUCGCAAUCUCAGCUAUUUGGAAGCCACCAGGAAUGCUUUCUAAUUAUCAUUUGCAACUAGAACUGUAAUCAGAAAGAAAUUUUGUAUUUUUGUAUAACUUGACUGUGUGCCAUUUUAUAUAACAGGUCCUGUUUUACAAAUAAAUUUUGUUUUACUAACUUGUGUUUAGAAAUUAUGAUCUAUGUGUAACCUGUCAUUUAAGUUCCAGAUUAACUGCCAGGCUGUUUUCCCUAAGUCAAAUUGUGUGCCAUCUAGGUAGAUAUAUGCAAAUCUGUACGGGCACACAGCGAUACUUUGAUAUAUAGAAUCUCCACUCUCAUGGGCUUCCUUUCUUGAUUUUAUGAAACAUCACAGUUUUUUUAGCACUAUUUCAAUGGCUCGAGGUUAUAUUUGAGUACUCUUUCUGCCUCUUCCAAUUCAUCCUUCAGCAAGCUAUGGGCUGCCUUAUUGCUAUCUGCUCACCUCCUCCAUCUUCUGCCCAAGUGAGACGAAUAGAUAAAGGACAAAAAUUAUCUGUGAAAUGUGGUUGCCUGAAUAAUUUUAUAAACCAUUGACCUUUGUGAUUUUAAAAAGAACAACAACGUUUUUCUGGAGGGAGGUAGGGGAUCUUCAGAAUUGCAUUCAGGACUUGUAUCUCCAGAGUUCUGGUUAAUGUCCUCUCUUGUAAGUGGCAUCACUCUUAUCUAAGUGUAUCAUGGUGUCAGCCAUUGGCUAAUUCUCUGGUGCAUCGUUUAGACUUUCUAGGCACCCAUCAAAAGCAUAAACUCUGACAUAAGAUAAUAUAGAAGGGAAAAGAUUGGAUAUUUCAGUAUAAAUCCAAGAGACCUAUCUUCUCUGGGAGGCAUACCGGUGCAAUAGCAGUUUAAAAAAUUAGAAAUUUAUCUAGGGCACUGAGAUUGUAUAAUCGUGCAUAAACGAGAACUUCAAGCAUGGUGUUCCUCUAACCCAUUUAAUACUGUGUUUAAUGUUUAAGGUAAGGUUUUUAUCCUAUACUUUAGUGUAAUUCUUAAGUUACUAUAAUUUAAGUAGCUUAACUGUUGGUCCCCAAGCUUUUCCCAGAAUGAUUGAAGAGAAGACACUGAAUUUCUUUAAAGACUGUGCUAGAAAUAAGUUUUUCUUCAUAGACAUGUUCCCUUACUCUUACCUCCCCCACCUUUUUUUUUUUUUUCCUCCAAAAUGGGCGUUAGGCUAUUGAGUCUAAAUAUCACUGAUAGGGGUAUCUGCCAAGGGUUUUCUUGCUUUUCUAGGACAGUUUCAGGAUUUUGUGAGACUGCACUUCAUCCUAAUCUGUGUAAAGCAAGUUCUUAAUUUCUCCCACUCUGUUCUCAAAACAGCUGCCAGUUGCAGGCACCAAACAUUUGUGAGACCAUAUUAGCAGUAUCUGCAGGGCUUCAACCAUUUUUCCCAUGUACCACUACUAAUAAAGUCAAUUUCAGGAUGUUUCCUACCUGCGAAGUGUAAUGCUGGGAUCAGUUCUAAAACAAGAGCUGCCAGUUAAGGUUACAUGCACAUUUUGUUUUCUUUUUGGUCACUAAUUUCACCUGCAUAUUUCAAGUUUCCAAUAUAAAUUUCUAGUCUUUUAUAGGCUCUGAGAAGUUUCCUUUAGAAACAUCUUUAAGCUUUCACCUUUCAAUAAGUAAGUUCUCUAUUGCUUUUUUUGCCACAUUUUUAAAAAUCCGCCAAGCCUGGAGGCUUAUCACUGCACCUGCCACAGUUAAUUUCUUUAUUCUUUCCACAUAUUCCAUCUGACAGAUAGGGAUGCAUUAUAAUGGUUUGCCUCGAGUUGUUGAGUGUGAUCCGUGAAUAUAUAUUGAGGAAUUAUGGGUUCAUAAGUAAAUGCAUAAAGCAGAGACUUGUGUAUUAUAUAUUCACAACAUAGAAUGCCUUUGCUUGAAGUACAUAUUCAUAUAUCUUUGUGUACAAAAGAAUGCAUGUUAGCUCUUUUGAAAAGCAGGCACUAUUCAUGUACAGUGACUGCUUUGAGAAUUAGCUCAUCUCUGUCUAAUGGCACAUGGCCCAAAUUUUGAAAACGCAGGACCUUUGAAUGUACCAAGAGAAAAUCCUAAGCUCUAAAACUUUAAAAAUCAAAACAUAAAAAGAUAACCACAUUACCUACAUUUAUAAACUUUAAAAAUGAAACAUCUUUUUUUCUUACUCAGCUUUUAUAAAUUUGAACCAAACUGCUUUUGGCUUUAAAGAAAAAAAUUUACUCCAAGGUUAAAAUUGUUCAAAAUACCUUUCAAAGAGAAAACUCCAAUACAAACUUUUAAACUUGGUAAUUCCUGUGAAAAACAUUCUUUUAAAUGGAAAAUAUAAUAUCCUUCUUUGUCCCCAUCACUUUUAUUUUUAUAUGUGUAAAAUGUGACAAAUAAUAUUUUAGACUCAAUAUUGAAUGAAUAGUCAUCACUUUUGUAAAUUACAUCAAUAGAAUUCAAAUUUGAUAUUUUCUAAAGGAAUUCACUAAUAAAUCUCUGAAAACAAAUAUGAAAUUCUUAGGAACCAACAUAUUAGGCUAUUUUAUUCAGUUUUGAAAGUUUUACAACUUAAAUUUUUAUUUCCUGAGAAAUAAACAUGCUAUGCGAGGGAGUUUGGAAUAAUCUAGAAUAAUUAGUUUACUCAUGGUUUUGUCAUGUUUAGCUAGACAUGAAAUAUAUUAUAAUUUCCAAAUGUUUUGGAAAUUUUUCAUUUUUAAUUUGCUAAGACCUCCAUUUAAUAUUUGAUAUUCAAAGGCAAGUUCUUUACCCUCUGAAGGAAACACAGGCCCUUCUGAGAAGCUUAAGAACGGAGUGGACUAACUCUAAUUCCCAUAGUUUAUUUGUGUACAUUAAAAUGCUAAAAGAAAAACUAAAUAAAAUGCUAUCAGAAUUUCUGGGUCCUAUCCUUCAGGGCCCAAUGAGCUCAGUUAAAAGAUGCUGUAAAGUUGGUUUGAGCAUGUGUUUUGAGAGAAAGUAAUGAUUAGUCAGCUAUUGUUGAUACUUUUCAUCUGGAGUCCUUUUGGCCUGGAAAUCAGAGGAUUUAGUCUCAGGCUUGGAAAUAAAAUAUUAAGAUGGUCCAUGAUGAAUCUUCAAGACAGAUUACUCUCCCUUGGAAUGUGUCCUGGGUUAAUCUUGGCAAAGUAUCCAGUUAUUUCUGAUAGACAAGAAAAUCCAGUAAGUGAAUUGUCUAACUACCAGAACAUUUGAUUCUUUGUAUUUAGCUCAGUUCUGACAUAAGUGACAUAGUUUGUAGGUCUUUGUUUUAAAACUUUUAUCAGUCACCAUGAUCAAGAAUCAUUGGAGAGGAUGUUAGCAAAGUUCACGGUCUUCAGUUUACCAAAGUAAGUUGGUAGAAAGCGGUAGUAGAUGUUAGGGAGAGAGAUAUCGUAGUUAUUUUUUCCUUCCUGCAGAAGGCAGGGAGGUGAUUUUGCUUAGAUGUUUCCAGUCACCUGCUGGAGCAGGCUGGAACCCUGAUCCACUGAGACUGCUUCCACUCCCCACCUCUACCCAAUUUUUUUAGAGAAACAGGUGGAUUUCUUUAUGGCUGUUCGUACUGUUAAGUAAGGCUGUUGGCAUCUAUCUGAAAGGCACUAUGACCCCUUGGAAAAAUACAGGCAAAAAUCCUUAAAGAAACUUGAAGUUCUAAGAUUUGGUAUCGGUGGAUUGUGAGUUAUAGUCAGAUAGCAAACCAUUAACUAUAUUUUCAAGCCGAAGAAAACAAUGAAAAUUUCAUACCUGGCUGGUGAAGAAAGGGAACAAGUCAGCUCCCUGCCUUACCCCACAAUCCCAGAAGAGUUUAAAUGAACCCUGCACAGUUGUAAACGAAGAAGCCACAGAUGGGAGUCCCUGUAUAAGAGAAGGAAAAGAGAGUCAGUAAGUAUGUACAUUUGCUAAAUGACACCCUCCACUUCUCUUUCUCAUGGAAGUGUGUGACUUAACAAGGAAUGCCUUAACCUUCACAUAUGAAUCUGACCCUGCCGGCUAGGAAAAUAGUUUGAGUUACUUUUAAAGAAAUAUAGGAUGAAUCAGUCCAUAGGAGGAAAAGUCAGCAUUUAAAAAAAAAGAAAAGAAAAAUUUGAGGGAUUAACAGGACAGAAGUGAAGCAACAUUUCAGGAGCCUUUCCUCCUGACACAAGUAGAUGGCAUUCUCUUGGUUUUCCAUGAGAUGGGAAGGCCAGGAUUUCUCCUUAUAAAUUGCAUUAACUAUCUCACAAAAGCGAGGCAAUGAUAGGGCAACCGUGGGGUUCAUGAUUUGAGACACAGACUAUUCGGAAACUUUUCCUCAUCCUCCAUGUUCCCCGCCCUCUGCUCAGAACUUUCCAGUCUCUUGUUUCUACUAGUUUUGAUUUUCAGAGGGGAAAGUCCCUGAGGGAACCAGAGGGAAACCUGACAAGGAAAGUUCCCUUUCUUCUGUGUUGGCUCUGUUGUAUUUUUGAAUUUCUUGAUUUCUUUCCUCCAAGGAAAGGCUUCUUGGGAGCUCCCUAAUAAAAAGAAAUUUCAAGUUUACUCUCAAAAUAUUCUUGACCACUGAUUGCACUUGGGAUAGAUCUUGUACCCAAUCAAGUUGUUCAGUGGAUUGUUAGCUGAUUUUUCUCAUAGGAGGAAUGGGAAAAAAAAAAGUUUACAACAUAAAAGACUCGGGGGAGGGGGGAAGUGGAGGGCAAUUUAAAAAAAUGACACGGGCUCUGGAAAAACAACCAAAGACAAAAGCAUAUCUCUGACAACCAAAGGUCCAGCUUUAAGUACUGGCUGGCACAGCCUUCUGAACUCCUUAAGUACAAAACAGCUCCUUGAAUAAGGCAGCCAAUUGUCAAAAUCAGCCAGUGCCCUAGGGAUCUCCAACCAGGGUCAGGCCCUGCCCAGUGGAGCGGGUGAUAUGAAAACGCCCAUCAGUGUAUCUCGAUUUCUCGCUGCUCUGUGAUACAGCAUGAGAAUGUGUCGUGCUGCAUAUUUCUCAACCUAAUGCCUUUUUUAAGUCGUUUUCUUUUUGUCCCCCCCCACCACCACCAUUUGCAUCCUAUUUCAUAGCCUGAAAAUCAAUUUUUUUAGUUGUCUCUUUCCAUUGCCCAUUACAAACUGUCGGAUCGCAGUCAAGCCUUCCAUGAAUGCUGUUGUUUGGGAUCUUUUACCUUAAUGUCAUUUUGAAUUGUUCCUUAUCACAAUGUCGCCAGACUGUUGUCAGCUGGGGAAAUAAACAAGUAGGUGCUUGAACAUGCCCCCCAGACACAGUUGUGGCCCAAGUAUUUGUGGCUGUCAUUAGUGACACAGUGCAGACUUGACAAACAGCGUUAUGCUCUCAGAGGACUUUAAACAUAUGUAUAUUAAGCAAUUAACUUCUGGAGUUAUCGGAUCUUGCUGGGAAAUUAACUUCCAAGAGCUCUGAAUGGGAUGGAAUUCCAUCUGGCUUCAGAGUACAAUGAGCCUGUAUGAAAUGGAGCUUGGAAAUGUUUUACUUGUGCAGAAAUAUGGACUAUAAAAAAAAAGUGCUGAUCUAAUGCUAAUUUUUCUCUGUGUACUGACUCAGUUGCCAGAAUUAUAAUGAAAACUGUAUUUUAGUCUAACAAAUGUAUAGAAUUUUUUAUGUAAUAAAUAAAAUUUUAUAGG